GGUCGGUUUCCCGCCUGCUGAUCCUCCCACGGCCCUGCCCACCUUCCCCACGGUCAGCUUGUGUGCGAGCGCACUGCCGCACCGACCUGUUCCCGGGCACACUCUGGGUCUGUUAACCUGCAGGAUUACUGAGAUAAUUUUUUUGAGAAGGACGUUUCUGUACUGCCGAACUUCUUUUUUAAAAAGUGUGAGACUUCUGAUUUGGUGCAAUGGAGAAAUUUCUGGUAGAAUAUAAAAGUGCAGUGGAGAAGAAAUUGGCCGAGUACAAAUGUAACACCAACACAGCGAUCGAACUGAAAUUAGUUCGUUUUCCUGAAGAUCUUGAGAAUGACAUUAGAACUUUCUUUCCUGAAUAUACCCAUCAGCUCUUUGGGGAUGAUGAAACUGCUUUUGGUUACAAAGGUCUGAAGAUCCUGCUGUACUAUAUUGCUGGUAGCCUGUCAACAAUGUUCCGUGUUGAAUAUGCAUCUAAAGUUGAUGAGAACUUUGACUGUGUGGAGGCAGAUGAUGUUGAAGGGAAAAUCAGACAAAUCAUCCCACCUGGGUUUUGCACAAACACAAAUGAUUUUCUUUCUUUGCUGGAAAAGGAAGCUGAUUUCAAGCCGUUUGGAACCCUACUCCAUACAUACUCAGUUUCUUGUCCAACAGGAGGAGAAAACUUUACUUUUCAGAUCUAUAAGGCUGACAUGACAUGUAGAGGCUUUCGAGAAUAUCAUGAAAGGCUUCAGACCUUUUUGAUGUGGUUUAUUGAAACUGCUAGCUUUAUUGACGUGGAUGAUGAAAGAUGGCACUACUUUCUAGUAUUUGAGAAGUAUAAUAAGGAUGGAGCUACGCUCUUUGCGACCGUAGGCUACAUGACAGUCUAUAAUUACUAUGUGUACCCAGACAAAACCCGGCCACGUGUAAGUCAGAUGCUGAUACUGACUCCAUUUCAAGGUCAGGGCCAUGGUGCUCAACUUCUUGAAACAGUUCAUAGAUACUACAUUGCAUCUCCUUCAGUUCUUGAUAUUACAGCUGAAGAUCCAUCCAAAAGCUAUGUGAAACUAAGAGACUUCGUGCUUGUGAAGCUUUGUCAAGAUUUGCCCUGUUUCUCCCGGGAAAGAUUAAUGCAAGGAUUCAAUGAAGAUAUGGCGAUACAAGCACAGCAGAAGUUCAAAAUAAAUAAGCAACAUGCUAGACGGGUUUAUGAAAUUCUCCGACUGCUCGUAACUGACAUGAGUGAUGCUGAACAAUACAGAAGCUACAGACUGGACAUUAAAAAACGACUAAUUAGCCCUUACAAGAAAAAGCAGAGAGAUCUUGCCAAGAUGAGGAAAUGCCUGAGGCCAGAAGAGCUGACCAACCAGAUGAACCAGAUAGAAAUAAGCGUGCAGCACGAGCUGCUGGAAGAGCGCUUCCAGGAGCUGGUGGAGGACUACCGGCGUGUCAUUGAGCGACUCGCUCAGGAGUGAAGCCCCCGCUCCCCAGGACACCUGCAGAUUUCUGUGCAUCGUGCUGUGAAACCUGACCACCCUGAAGUUAUCUAUUGUUCUCCUUAGUGGAAUAUUCCUUUUGAGAGAGUGUAUAUUUUAAAAUACUGUUAGAGUUUAUGAACAUAUAUUGCAUUAAUAAAAGAUGGCUUGUGAAAUA